UUUUAAAGUAACUUUAAUAAAAACCAUAAGAACACCGACCAUCCAUGGCGCCGCCACCGCCACCCGGGCCUCCCGCGCCGUCGUCGCCUCCACCACCGCCACCAUCACAUUCUGCAGCGUCUCCGGCGUCUUCUGCCUCCAAGAGACCUUCCAAAUCCGCUACAAAGGCCCGAAGAACAGCUCGUACGCCUCCCGGUGUCCCACUUCCUACUCCAGACAAGCCUAAGAGCAACCACAGCUCCAGUUUCUCGUCUCCAUUGCCUCCAUGUCCCGAAGAUCCGCCCGCUCCGCCUCCUCCGUCCUGUACACCGCCCAAAUACCGCCCAUUGGAGGAAAACGACGACGAUACGCGCAGUGUAGAGAGCGCAGACGAACCAGCAGAGCCUCAGAGCUUCCCGACGCCGCCACCACCGCCUUCUCCACCUGUUACGAGUCCACUAGGCACACCGCCGCCACCUCCGCCGCCUCCAUUUUCCCCUCCCAACGCUAAGAUCGCUAUAGACUUGUCUGGAGCCCUUGAGAACGCUGUGCAGGCUACUGAACAGACUAAGAUGCCUCCACCGCCCCCUAAAGAGAGGCAGGAGAGUGAAGGAGAAGACGGAGACGACGAACAGGAGGAAACUGGCAGUUCUACGGACCUCACAGCGCUGGCGGACGCCUCGUCGUCGUCGGUUAUUGCGUCUAUGCGAAGUGCAGUAAGAGAACGGGAGAUCAUGGCGACGGAGACAGUGAGGGAAGAGCCGACCAAGAAACCCAGAUUUUAUAUCGGAGAUAUUGACAACUACAGUAUUAUUGACAAGGUUGGAUCGGGUACAUACGGUGAGGUGUUCAAGUGUCAACAUAAAGUGACGAAGGAUAUUGUGGCACUCAAGAAACUGCGACCAGAUGUCGAGAAGAACGGAUUUCCUGUGACUUCUAUCCGCGAGAUGAAGAUCCUCAAGUACCUCAAACACCCAAACAUAUUGGAGCUGAAGGAGAUCGUCUCGUCAAGUGCCCCGCCUAAGGAAGGCAAGAGACCGCCGUUGUAUUUCGCGUUCGAGUACAUGGAACACGAUCUCUCUGGGUUAUUGAACCAUCCACGCGUGAAGUUCACGCGUACACAGAUUCAGUGUUAUAUGCGGCAACUGCUGACGGGAAUCGCGUUCAUGCACCGCAACAAGAUCAUCCAUCGCGAUAUUAAGGCUUCCAACUUGCUGCUGAACAACCAAGGCAUGCUGAAGGUCGGUGAUUUCGGCCUCUCUAGGUUCUGGAACGAAGUGAACGCAAAGGCUGGAAGGUACACCAACAAGGUCGUCACGCUGUGGUACCGACCGCCAGAACUGCUUAUGGGCUCAACGUCCUACGAUUUCUCGGUGGAUGUCUGGUCGAUCGGCUGCAUCUUCGGCGAGCUGCUGUUGGGGAAACCUAUUCUACAGGGCAAGACUGAGAUCGAGCAGCUCCAAUUGAUAUUUGGACUUUGUGGCAUGCCGACGGAGGAAACGUGGCCUGGAUUCUUUAAACUACCGGGAGCCGAGAGCUUCCAAAUGGAUGACAAGUUCGUCUGCCCUUUGCGUGAGAGAUUCAAAAAUUUCCCGCCGCAUGCAGUCGAUUUACUCGAAAAGUUAUUGCAGCUUGACCCUGCCAAGCGCAUCACAGCCGCAGAAGCCAUGGACCACGACUACUUCUGGCGUGUACAAACAUGCAAACCGCGAGAUCUGCCGAAGUUUAGUGUGUCAUCUACGCAUGAAUAUCAAUCCAAGAAGCGUCACCACGAAGAGAUGGCAGCAGCAGCAGCAGCGAACGGAGGCAACGCGAAGAACAGCGACCAGCAUCGGUAUAUGCGUCAACGAGGCGAGCGUAGCGGAUAUCGCGAGAGGAACGACCACUACCGUAGCGGAGGCCACCACAGCCGCUCGGAUCGUAGCAGACCUUACCGCUCUCAUCGCCCCAACAGCGACUACUACGACCGAGAUCGUGACCGCGAUCGUAGCCGUAGUCGGAGUCGAGAGCGUCAUCAAGACCGGGACCGCCGAGACCGAGAACGCGAGCGCUAACGUGACAAGUAGGAAACCAUCAAUAGUGAUCAUUAUACAGCGCACUCGUGCGCAUAAGGGAAGCAAAUUUCCAUUCGACUGCAGCGUGU